AUGCCCACACUCUUCGAUAAUUCUUCUAUAGGCUCGGCUUUCAGAAUGGGACGCUUACGCGCGCUGAUUCUCCAAGCGCCAUUACGACUCAGAGCCAUCUCAUCGCCAGGCUCUGUACCAAAAUUGGACUCUCCGAAAUUCGUCAUCUUGUCCUCGAUUCUCACGUCAAGGUGGGGUAUGGCCUAAUUGACGAGAGAUGAGAUGAGAUUGUCAUCGAGCUCGCAGUCGUGAACCAUUUGCGCUAGCGACUGAUCCGAAUGCACCAAAAACGGGGCUUCCCGCAGAACGUGGUCUCGUUGCUGGGCAACGCAACCAGCUUCGUCUGUUGUUCUCCGCACGCUGCACGCAGCCUAGCUUUCGUGCAUCAAAGCCGUUGGGCACAGCAUACUUAUUGUAUCUGCGUUCGCUGCUUAAGCACAUCAAGUGACAUCGAAAUACAACUACUGGACAACAUCACAAUCACACUCAUUAAUCCAGUCAUGGCGGAAUUGCAUAGCCUAGAGCAUCGUUUUGAAAGCAUAUCUGUUCAGGAUGAGAACGCCAACACUCAUGGCUCCACCUAUAGCAGCCAGCACAAAGCAACUAGCUCAUUAAGUACCGCUUUGUCCAUGGCCGCACUGGGUUCAUCAGCAGCACAGAACCGCAUGAAACUGCCACUUCAAAAGAUCGCCCCUAACGCUGCCGGCAAAAGCGUGCUCAACACCACAUCGGCCACGUCUGUGACCAAGAUAACACUUCCGUCACAAGCUGCACAACGAUCGUCAGCGGAAGCGCGGAUAUCAGAUUCGGAUCCCUUAAGUCAACCACAGAGUUCGGCACAAUCAUCAAAGACGUUUCACCUCGGCAUGUUUGAAAUCGGCAAGCCGCUUGGAAAGGGCAAAUUUGGUCGGGUCUAUCUGGCGCGGGAGCGAAGCACAGGAUUUGUCUGCGCUCUGAAGGUGCUACACAAGAGCGAGCUACAACAGGGCCGUGUCGAGAAGCAGGUCCGUCGCGAGAUCGAAAUCCAGUCUAACCUAGCACAUCCCAACAUCCUCCGAUUAUAUGGCCACUUCCACGACUCCAAGCGCAUCUUUCUUAUAUUGGAAUUUGCUGGUAAAGGCGAGCUGUACAAGCAUCUCCGAAAAGCACAGCGAUUUCCGGAGUGGCAGGCGGCACAAUACAUUGCGCAAAUGGCCAGCGCUCUGAAGUAUUUGCACAAGAAGCAUGUGAUCCACCGCGACAUAAAGCCGGAGAAUAUCCUCGUUGGGCUUCAUGGCGAGAUCAAGAUAUCCGAUUUUGGUUGGAGCGUCCACGCCCCAAACAACCGUCGGAACACAAUGUGUGGAACUCUUGAUUAUCUUCCCCCGGAGAUGUGCCGUCACCAAGGCGGUCGAGACGGCAAGGAAGAUAAUUGGUACAGCGAGAAGAUUGAUCUCUGGAGCUUAGGAGUGCUCACAUAUGAGUUUCUGGUCGGCGAAGCACCGUUCGAGGACACUCCGGCCAUGACACAGCGCCGAAUCGCAAGAGGUGAGAUGACGAUCCCGUCCUUUGUCAGCGCUGAAGCCAGAGAUCUCAUCAAGAGAUUGCUUCAAUUGGACCCGGAAAAGAGAUUGAGCUUGGAAGAAGUUGAGGUACACCCCUGGAUAAUUAAACACUGUGUCAAGGGUGAGCGGCAUUAUCAGCGGACAAGCGGCGAGGCGAAGAAGGAGAAGUCUGAGGCUCGUUGAUCUGUCGUGAGCGAUGGAUUUCUCCAUGAGUGCGUUAUGGCGUUGUGUAAUUUGCAGUCAUUUGAGCGCGCGGGCGUUUGGGCGGGCGAAUGGCGGAUUGGAGUUUGCGGCGCAUGGAACACAAGACAUAUGAUUGGCGUAACGAUUUUGAAGUUUUGACCAGAUGAACGUUUUCCCCCUACACUUUCGUGGUUUCAUCGGUAUAUCCUGUCGAACGGGCGUGUGUCUCGAAAGCAGCUGUCCCACACUUCAUUCACCACCGAUGCAGCGUGGGCCUGGUCUUUACACCCAUCUCGAGCAGCAACGCUCAACGUUGCUCGCCUCCGUACGCAUUCUUGUAAUUGCUGAGUCAAUUUAUACUGUCCGCGAUGCCAGAACUCUCGCCAGAAUCGACAUUCGCCGCUCAACGUGCUCGCGCGAAUCUCCAU